AUGCAUGUGAUCGUCGUCAGAUCAGCAACAGCGAUUAUCUGGAGUAUGCCCACAAUACGAGAAGAAACGUACACAACAACAGAGCCUGAUGGAACGUUGGUGACCACAACAACUAAGACCAAGACACGGUACGUCCGGGAACGGGAAUUUUACUGUGGACGUGGCACACUGAAUGGAGCCUAUUGCUGUCGACCAGCCGGAAUCCUGCGAAUACUGGAAAUUAUAAUUGGAUUGAUUAUCGUAUCGCUGAUAUCGUCAGUGUAUGGUCCAGGACCCUUCAAAGGGAUUCUAUUCGGUCAAACUUUCCUGCUAGUAUUCGCCAGUGUAGCGCUAUGUAUUUCAUUCAUAUUCCUAAUCGUUUUCUUCUUCAAUCUACAUGAAAGUCAUUUGGAAUUCUGGCCGUGGCGGAUAAGCGAUUUUCUGUUCUCCAUAUGUGCUUGUAUAACUUACAUAGUGAUGGGUUUCCUGGAGGCGUAUUACGCAACCGGGUCGUGGUCGUUCGAGUGUAGCGAUACUGGCUCAGAUGGAUACAUUAACAAUGGAUGUCGAACCAUUUAUGAAUGGGUUUUUGCCUCGGUUCGCUAG